AUGCGCCCGCUGCUGAGGCGGCCCCGAGCCGGUGGGGCGGCGGGGGUUCUCUGGCUGCGCAUGUGCGAGAUGCGGCCCGCUGGGCAGGCGGACGCGUGGUACCGGGGGGUGAUAGGGAGCGUGCUGUGCGCCUCCGUCUUCGUUCUGCUGCGGGGGUGUCCUGGGUGUGGUUUCCUCCCCUAGUCAGACCGUGACCUCGAAAGGAAGGAGGCAGAGCGGCUUCGCCGGGUGGAGCGAGGGGGGGCUGCGGGAAGGGGGACGGUAGCACCGCGGUUCCUGCGUGUCCUUUGAGGGGCGAGUGAAACGGCCGCUCUGGGCUGAGGCGGGGGUGGGGAGGAGUGUCCGUGGGCUCGGGAGCAAAACGCUACCGCUCGGGUGGUCUCGGUUCCCCCCCCCCGCCCCGAGUACUGGGGUGUUUGGAGAGGAACUUAGGAGAAACCUCUCAGAGCUUCUUAGUGUGUCCUCACCACCCCCGAAGUUAAAGGGAAGAGACCGGUAUGGUUGAAAACUCUCCAGCCCCGUUGCCCGAAAGGGCAAUAUAUGGAUUUGCUCUUUUUUUAGGAUCGUGGUUUGGCUUUAUUUUGUAUCUUAUCUGGGCAUAUGUUCCCGAGACUUGGCUGUUCUCAUUUGGACUAACAUACUGGCCUCAAAGAUACUGGGCAGUUGCUUUGCCAGCGUACCUACUAGUUGCUAUAGGAAUUGGUUAUAUAUUACUUUUUGGUAUUAACAUGAUGAGUACAGCUCCGCUUAACUCCACACAUACUGUUACAGAUAACUAUGCAAAAAAGCAACAACAGAAGACAUUUCAAGAAGAAGCAAUUCCAGCAUUGAGGGAUAUUCCCAUCAGUGAAGUAAACAGAAUGUUUUUUCUUCCUGAAAAAGGAAUCUGCAAUAGCAGAUAGUCGUUAUUAAGAUCUGUUUGAAUAAAGGAUUAGUAGAAGUGUUACAUAAGGAAAAUCAAAACUUCUCCAAGCUAGAAAAAAAACCCCUCUUUCUGCUUGUAGAACAAAGCUUUUUUUUUCCUGAAUUUCCAGCUAAACUUAUGUUAACAUAUUUCAUUGACAUAGUUUGAUUUUAUUGUUAUGCAUGUGCCUUAAUAACAUACAUUAGUAUGAGAAGUAUGCCACAUUAAUUUAUCUAACCAUUCUUGUGAUUUAAAAUAGCAUUCUAUUACUUGUAGACUUCUGCUUGUAAUUUCCCUCUGAGAGUGAAAGAAAUAGCUUUUGGAUGUAGCUUAAUUCUAUUUCUCUUUGAAUUCAGGGAGAGAAAAUGUGUUCCACUAGUCAAAUGCUUGAGGAUCUUUUGUUUUUUUUUACAGGUUAUGUUAAUUUGAAGUGUUUCCAUUGUAAAUAUACAGGUUUCAUUUGUAAAUAUUAAUAAAAUGUAGCUAAUCUUUACUUG